AUGGAAGAAUUCAAGUGUCGAUAUGAAACUCAUGAGAAUGAACCAAUCCUAGGAUUUUGCAUUAAUCAAAAUUGCCUAAAGACUACUUAAUUCUGUUUUAAAUGUCUAAGUUAAGUGCAUAAGGAUCAUCCUGAUGAUUGUCUAAGAUUCCAUUCUUUAAAUGAAUUGUUGAAUAAAUAUAUCGAAAUCCAUAAUGAAAUAUUGAAUUUUUACUAAGACAUUCAAAUUAAGCUGAAACACACUUUAGAAAUUUUAUUCAAAAAAAUGGAUUAAGAAAUUACAAUAUUGAAAGAAAUUGAUUAAAAUUUAAUAAAUAGAUCAUAUUUAUUUGUAAAAUAAAAAAUUUUAUGGAUUAAAUAAUGUUAAUAUAAGGAAAAUUUAUUAAAAUAUAGUAAAUAUGUAUUGAAAAUUAUAGCGUCUUUCUUAAAUGAUUUGUAGAAUACUAUGGAAACACUAAAAUAAUUGGCAAAAGAUAAUAUGUAAAUGGAUGAAAAUAAUAUAAAAAUUGCUGAAGUUAAAAAAGAAUAAGAAUUGAAAAUAAAUAAGAGAAAAUAAAAAGCUCAUUAAUUAUAUAAAAAAGGUAAUGAUGAGAUAUUUAAUUAAUAGGAAGAUCCCUAUUUGAUAAUAAAUAAUAUAAAGAGGCAUUGAUAUUUUUUGAAGAUUCUUUAAAAUAAGAUGAUAGUGAUGAAGUAGUUUACAUAUGCUAAGGUAAAUGAAUUCCUAAAUAUCCAUUAAAUUUAGGCAAUUCAUUAUAGUAUUUGAAUCUUAAUUAGGAAUCCAUUGAGUGCUAUGAUAAUGCUUUAAAACUCAAUCCUAAUAACAGUGAUGUGUUAAAUAAUAAGGGUAAAUGAGCUCUUAAAUAUAUUUAAUUUAGGAAAUGCAUUAUAAAAUUUGAAUUUUAAUUAAGAAGCCAUUGAGUGCUAUGAUAAAGCAUUACAAAUAUAACAGUUACCUUUAUAUAUGAAAAAUAAAGGUAAUUUUUUAAAUAUAAUUUUAGCUGAUGCAUUAAUAAUUAUUGGAAAAAAAGAAGAAUCCAUUACAUGGUAUUAAAAUGCAAAAAGCGUUGGUUUUAACAAGGAUAAAAUAAAUUCUAUUUUGAAAUCAAAAUGA